UCCGGACGACACAUUUUGACAGUCUCUUCGAGGAUACGGGUGCACAAUAUUCUCCGUACAUGAUGUCGGGUGUUACAGCGACGGCAGCUGUGCUGUGCAUGUUGGCGACGGUGUGUGUGGGUCAGGUUGAUUACCGAAAUUGGUUUUUAGCGAUUCCGGGAAAUUGUACCCAUUUUACCUUAGCUAUCGGCUCUUUCCGCCGAGAUUUCCCGUGUCCCAAUGAUCUCGUGUUCUCGCCGUUGUCAAAGACGUGUGUCGACCGGGACGAUGUAAGGAAUACACAGUGUCCUACAGUGCGGACAGACUCUGAUAUCCUUCGGAUGUGUGCGGGAUGUCAGGAUCAAGGAUACGGACGUGAGUGCCUCUUUGCCACCCCAGAUAACUGCGCCACCUACAUCAACUGCUCCAAGACUGUGGACGACGACAUCUACGACAACAUGCCGGCGUAUAAAGAUGAGUGCGAAUACCCGGAUUUGUUUAACGGCGCCAGAAAGAGAUGUGACGACUUUACAAAUGUGAAUUGCGGACAAAAGAUGGAACCUACGCAACCUUGCCAAUAUCAGCGGAACCUGUGUGGGCGAAGUGCCCACUGCAAGCCAUGUGCGUAUCGUUACGCCAGUUGCGCCGACAAGCCGGACGGUGACCAGCCAUGGGAAGGAAGAAGCUGGACCCCGUAUUAUGCUAGAUGCAAGAAUCAGAGGACAUUGUACUCUGGCACAUGCGCCUCCAGUAGAUCCGGUCAACCCCGCAUCUUCAGCGUACAGACGAACAGAUGUGACGAUCUGGCCUUAAUCCCAAGACAAUAUGGCGGCCUGUAUGAAGGAAAAUAAGCAGCUCCACCUAGCGACGAAUUCAAGAACUGUGCGAUACACCUGAGAUCAGUGAUUUAGUGAUUAACAAUAAGGGUCCAGAUCCACAAAGCGUUCGUAAAGUUACGAACUGUCGUAACUCUAUAGUUUAUCAUAGGCUUACGAAUGUCGUAACGCUACGAACGCUUUGUGGAUCCGGAUCCUGGUGUAUGUUGCAACAUGUUAUUAUUAACCCUCUCUAUUACUUAUUCUUUAAAGGCACAGUGUCACACCACACUUCUCUUAAAAAAAACCAUAAUGCAUUUCUCUCAAUAAUACUAACUAUCAGUCCUCAGGGAAGCUACCAUAUAACUUAUUAAAAAGAAUUACGUGUUUAGAUUCCAAUAUCAAAACGUUUUAAUGAAUUAAUGCAACGUUGUGGAUGGUGUACAUGUAUAUGUAAGCGGCGUAAAAUCACACUCACUCACUGUAAGAGUUUUGGUUAUAGUUCAACUACCUUGUUUACAGGUUAAUGAUUUAAAUAAUACAUGCACGUGUGGCGAUGUUAAUGCAAUAAUAAUCUGAAGUUAUGAUGGUGAUUUAAUCUGCAUAAUUGUUACAGAAAACGUACUUUGCCACAGGCAUAAAACAACCUUGCAUGCGCAUGCGCAGGCUAUACCCCAGACCGACGGCCUGAUUUGCACGAGCUCUUCAUUCUACUUGUGCCCUACCAAUCUGCCGCUGGUUGCGUUUCGAGGUUCCAUAUGUAAUGUGGCAUAAUACAUCACGUUCUUGUGAAUAACCUGCAUAAUAUACUAAAUGUGUAAAUAUACUUGGAGUUUAUAGUACACGAAGUACUAACACAAAAUGUUUUGAUAUAGAGUUGAAUUCCAACAAUGCCCUUUACGAUAGUUUCCAUAGUUCUUUUCUGAUGAUGCUUUACGCAAUGAAAAGAAACAUGCACCAAAAUUUAGUUUUCGUAAAACAAAAAUUCACUUUUUUGUCACGAUAUCUGAUACUUUUGUCACGAUAUUUGAUUGCUUUAGUCACCUUUGUCACGAUAUUUGAUACUUUUGUCACGAUAUUUGAUACUUUGGUCACGAUAUUUGAUACUUUGGUCACGAUAUUUGAUGUAUUCGUUUUGCCUGGCUGAAAUAAAACGGAGGGAUUCAUCA